CUUACMACUACCUCGAGCUGUUCGAUCGUAGCCUUKCGAGCUGAAAUGUCAAGGGAAAACUGUGAAARCUACGUAUAGUCACACAAAGUCCAUAUGUCAGUAGGAUAGCGACGUUUAUCCAUCAACUCUGAUCRAAGGAUUUAUAUAUCUCGAGCUUCCUGUACCAACUUACCAACUAAAAGACUGGCACUAGGUCCACUCCCCUAAUCCUCAUAAAGAUAAAUCAAAGAUAUUUCACUUGAAUUUGGUAUCACUUCGACCAAAGGAUUGUAAAAGUUUAUUUAUCAAUUUCAAGCUUUUUAUUCGAAUUAUUGCGCUAUAAAGAUUAUUGAAGAAAUGUAAACAAGUGCCCGCGAAAGAAUAUACAGCGGUUGAUACCCAUCAAAACAGUUUAAACCAAGAUGGCGGGUAAGAAGUAAAUUGAGUCCAAACGCGUUUGUAUUUUUACAUGAUUCUACGUURUUUUCGUAUUUCAGGGAUACAUUCUUUAGAUUUUGAAGAAAAUCUUGUUGUAGGAAGAUCCAGUAGAGCUGACACGAAGUUUGACAAGACAAUUGGACACCUUGAAGAUAUUAUAAUGGAGGAACAGUUUCAAAGCAUGCUACAUUCAUUUAUGGAGAAACAUGUUCAUCACUUUGAAGACACAGAAGAAAACAAAUUGAUAUAUACAGAUAUAUUUAAAGAAUAUGAAAAUUUAAUUGAAAAACAUAUUGAAAGUGAACUGAGUAAAAGAAUGUCAUCCUUUUCAAUGCAAGACUUUCUCAAGUCAAUAGAAAAGAGAGUAGAUCAAAUUGGACCGGAUAUUGUUGAAAUGCUAGUUAGUUUUACUGACUUCCUUGCCUUCAADCAAAUGUUUCUGGAUUUUAAAGCUAGUAAAGAAGGAACUGCASUUGACUUUAGUGACUUGAUGACAGUGGUUCCAUUGUCUUCAGCUACUACAACAUUAGACAGCUCUGCUGAUGAAGAUAUGCAAAUUGAUCCAGAUUCACCUCGUGACGCUCCAAAAAGAGGACAGAAUCCUCAACAUAAGAGCUGAAAUAAGUGGAAUAGUAAUUUGAUGUACAAAGCAACAUUUCAAAAUAGAGUCUACACUUGGGUUACCUGUGUGAAACACUCAUACCAUUGUGGGCUACCUGYGUAAAGCACACUUGAUGUGGGCUACUUGUGUUCAUGUCAUAAUAGUUGUGAUACUAGAGUGGAUGACUGUGCAAAGGCACGGAUCACAACACGGCAUGGUCACGGAACCUUGCCUGGUAGUGAUCGAACAAAAUAAAUCAAGAAUACAUCACCAUCACGGCACAGUACAGACACAGCACGAAGUGCAGUAUUCUUUGCACAGUCAUGUGAAAUCUACAUCUAUUGAUGAUAUGAAUUGUAUUUUGUUUUAUACCAGUCAACUCAUUUCUAAAAUUGUGAUAGAUUGUUGAAUAUCUUAUACAGAAUUAUACAUAUGGAAUAAGUUAUGCUAUAUUGAGAUAAAUUGCACAGGUAACUUAUGACUCUCACAAAGCCAUCUUUAUAUUUUAAGAAAUGACUUUGCUUUCAGAAGCACUGUAUGCAUGGAUAUACAGGACCCUGUGUGAGCUUACAGCUGUCUCAACACUUGUAUAUUGGACUAGACUAUAAUUUGCUUGUACUAUAUCAAAACAUCAGCUUUAUGACCAAAUUAUUCUUUGCUUCUGAAAUAUCUUCUUAUUCUGUUUAUUGUAAAUAUGUAAGAACAUUAUUUGUAAUUUACCCUAUGGAUAAUCACUAUUGUAUUACAGUCAUACAACACGUUUUUAGAGUGAUCAAUAAAGAUGUUCAA